AUGACCCAGCACGCGGACGCGGAAUACGAGGCAGCGCUCGCGGCGGAGGACGCGGGCGAGCGCCUCAAGCUUCUGGCCCGCGACAUCACGCGCACCGUCGGCCGCUACGCCAUCGCGUGCACAUACACCGCCGACACGAGCUCGGGGCUCCACUUCGGGCGACUGCAACCCAACAGCGCCGCUCUCGUUCGGCUCUUUUUGUCCACGGGACAGUUCGACGUGGCUCUCGCUCGCGUCGAUUGCCAGCCGGGCUCUCUGGUCGUGACGGCGCUCAAGAUGCAUCCUCGCCCGGCGACGCCCAAGGUCAUUCGCCAGCGCGUGCGAUACUCGUCGUUUGCGCGCUGGUCUGGUGACGUCCGCCGCGGCGCCGUCGUCAUCCUUGUUUGGCCCAAGAUGCUGCGUUUGCGCUUCCUCGGCUUCGAGGAGGGCUCAUUUGUGGUAUCCCUACGCCAUCGGUCGUGCCCCAUCUCUUGA